UCAGGACGAGUGCUAGCAUGAAAUGAAACUAAGGGCCCAAAAAACGGUUCAAAGAAACCCGGCCCAACGUCCCACCAAGAGUACGUCAUCAGAUGGAGUGUCUGAACCGAACUCGGGGCUCAUAAAAAUCAGGGUUUCGAAAGUCUUUCCUUUCAGAAAAUUCAGAUCCAAAGAAGUACACCUUCUUCGAACUUCUCUCGUCGUCCGUACGAUUCACUGUGUUCAGAAACUCACAGUAUUGGAUAUGAGGAGGUACAGCCCACAGUACUAUAGUCCUCCGAGGAGGAGCUACGGCGGCGGCGGAGGAGGAGGUGGGCGAGGAAGAAGUCCCCCAAGAAGGCGCAAGGAACAGAAUAAUGGAAGUCUUUUGGUCCGGAACAUUCCUCUGGAUUGCAGAGCUGAAGAGCUGAGGGCUUCCUUUGAAAGAUACGGGGAAGUUCGGGAUGUCUACAUUCCCAAGGACUACUAUACUGGGGAACCUCGGGGAUUUGCAUUUAUUCAGUUUGUGGAUUCUUAUGAGGCCGCAGAGGCUCAGUAUCAUAUGAAUGGGAAGAUUUUUGCUGGGAGGGAGAUAUCUGUGGUGGUUGCUGCAGAGACAAGGAAAAGGCCAGAGGAGAUGCGCCAGAGGACUAGGGUUAGAGAGCCAUCAGGCCAUGGGGGAAGACGAUCAUCUUAUUAUGGGCGUUCACGUUCUCGUUCUCGCUCUCCACGUUAUCCAUCAGGUUCUAGAAGUCGAUACCGCUCAAGGUCCUAUUCUCCUGCUCCAAGACGGCGAGGUGACUCUAUUUCACCAAGCAGAAGGCGCCGAGACAACCCAAGAUCACCCCGAGAUCUUCCACCAUUGCGAGACGGUGAUCAUGAUCGCAGACCAUAUUCUCCAGGUUAUGACAAUGGGGCUGGACCAAUUGAAAACGCCGAUGGGUAUGACAAGAAACCUAUGCGCGAAGAUAAGGACGGAAGAGAUCACUGGAGGUCUCCUGAUAGAGCAUCAAGAUCACCAUCUGGAUCAAGGUCCAGAUCUGCUGAGUUAUCACCUCCGCGCAGCAGAUAAGGAAAAGGCUGCCGUAUGAAUGCACAAACAUUCGUUCGAUGACGUCCGGCAGAUUUUUGAGUAUUUCGGGUUUGUAAUAUCUGUUUAUUGUGCCUGAGUUUUGGGCUUGUGUGCAAACAUUUGGAUCAAUUAAAACCUUGGUUUGGUUUCUUUGGACCGCUAAAGUUCUCUGGUUUUAUUUGAUGUGUCCUAAAUUGAAACAAAUAAUAAUAAUUCGUACUUUGGUCAAA